UUAAAAAAGAGAUAAAAACACCUCCUUGUUAUUAUAGGAGAAGCCUGAGCUGGUCGAAGCUACACCAAAUGGGACUAAAAGAGUUACGGAUUUAUGUGCUUUCUAGACAGCCCAUCAUUUAGGAUUAUUGUUUUAAUUAGUGGCGAAAAAAGAAUUUUCAUCUCCAUUUCUCGCCACGAGUCCACGGCCAUCCCUUCUCUCCAUUUUUCUCUCCCCGCAUUAAGGAUCCAUCACUAUCCUAUACAUUGACCUCCCUCCUAUCCUCCCCCUCCUUCCCGUCCUCUCUCCCAAACCGCACCUGUUCAGCUGUGUCACAGCAAACUCUGCCAUUGUUCCUCUGUUUCUUCUUUGCAAGGAUCAGGACAAUAGUUCUAGUGAUGAUCUCCUCCUCAACAUCUGUCUCCAUCACAAGAAGAAGGGGCGGACAGGAAGACGACGACACAAGAUUCAGGCGACACUCCCACCAUUGCUGCUGACCACCUCCAAAUUGUCUUCUUUCUCCUCCUCCUACCUGGCUCUCUAGAUCGAAUCACGGGUCAGCCAGACCCGGGCCAUGAGCCACUACACCACCAUGCAUGCAGCCAUCAACUACGCCGCGCUGCCACCCACGUCGCCGCUGCAGCUCCCCCUCCCGUACCUCCCGCCGCCUUCUCCGCCGCCGUUAUCGCUACCGCCGCUGCUGUCGCCGCCGCCGCCGCCGCCACCGGCGGCGUCCUCUGACGCUGGCUUUCAGAGCAGGAUCAGCCCCAGCGUCCUUCUCAUCAUCCUGAUCUUGGCCGUCAUCUUCUUCGUCUCCGGCCUGCUGCACCUCCUCGUCCGGUUCCUGCUCCGCCCGGCGCCGCGGGAUCCCGGCGACGCGUACGGGGGCGACGCGAACGCCACCGCGUUCCAGGGACAGCUCCAGCAGCUGUUCCACCUCCAUGACGCCGGUGUCGACCAGUCCUUCAUCGAUGCGCUGCCGGUGUUCCUGUACGGCGCCGUGGUCGGCGCCGGCGGGAAGGACCCCUUCGACUGCGCGGUGUGCCUCUGCGAGUUCGCGGACGACGACCGCCUCCGCCUCCUCCCCAAGUGCAGCCACGCGUUCCACGUCGACUGCAUCGACACGUGGCUGCUGUCGCACUCCACCUGCCCGCUCUGCCGCCGCAGCCUCCUCGCCGACUUCUCCCCCUGCGGCGGCGGCUGCAGCCCGCUGGUGUUCGUCCUCGAGUCCGUGUCCGGCUCCGAGGGCUCCGUCUCCGAUCGCCUCGACGCGGCGUCCUCCGCGCGCCUCAGCUUUGUCAUGGAGCAGGAGCAGGCGGGGCAGGACCGGAAACACGCCGCCGCUGAGGCUGCGGAGAAGAAGGACAACGAGGUGGUCGUUCCUGUGAAGCUCGGCAAGUUCAGAAGCCAGCAGGCCACCGAAGGCGCCGGCGGCAGCGGCGCCAACCCUGGAAGCCAGGACGUGAGGCGGUGCUUCUCCAUGGGGACCUACGAGUACGUCAUGGACGAGAGCUCCCUGCUCCGCGUCGCCGUGAAGCCGCCGGAGAAAAAGCGGCCCGCGACUCGCAUGCCGGGGCACCGUGUUGCCAUGUCGGAGUGCGACUGCCACUCCAAGCGGGAAGGAUUCCGCGGGUUCGAUGCGCCGCCCAAGCAGCAGCAGCAGCCGUCGUCGAAAGCGGCGGUGGACAAGAGGGAGAGCUUCUCCAUCUCCAAGAUAUGGAUGCGCAGCGGCGGGGCGAGGAGGAAGGACGUGUCCUCCGGCGCAAUCGCUGCGCCGUCGUGCUCGACCUCGCGCCGCGCGUCGUCGUUCCGGCUCCCCUCGGCGCUCCAGCGCACGGCGAGCGACGUCGGGGUGACAGCAACGGCGUUGGUCGUCCCGAAGCGCCGGGCGGACGUGGUGAGCCCCGUGACGGAGUCCGAGUACAACGUGUCGACGUGGGACAAGAGCGCCAGCGGCAGCGUCGUGGAUUGGGACGUCGAGUCCGCCGCCGGCGGCGGCCAUGGCCUCAGCUCCAGAGCCGACGAGGCGCCGUCCUUCGCCCGGCGGACGCUGCUCUGGAUCAGAGGCCACCUAUGAAGUGAAUCGAAGCAGAGAUCUUGGCUUCUACCACCUGGUUCUUCCCCUCUGCUCCUCCCCGUGUAACUGUGUAUGCAUGCAGAUGCAGCAACAGAUCGCAGGAAAUUUGCAUUGCUUGGCGAGUGGAAGAAAUGGUGGAUAUGAGUUCGAGGUAAAAAGGAUUACGGCUCGAGAUUUUCAGAUGGUUUCACAUAGCAUUUCGCAACUGUGUGUAGUAGAUUAGCUGUAUUUGCUUUGCAUUUUUACUGUACAUUCAAAAUUGCUUCAGUAGGGUUUUCUUUGGGGUAAAUUCUGAACUGAAGAUCUGAAAUGGCAGAACCCUAUAUUGCUUGAUCACA